ACCAGCAGGAGGGGGUAAUGAGAACGGGCUGCUGGAGGAUUUACUCCUCUGAGGUCGGGGGCCUGUCGGGUUUUCACCAGGUUUUCACCGUGGGGACCAGAGCCUCAUGAGAGCAGGAGAUUGACAGGAAGUUGUUCCUCAUUUGACCAAUCACACCUCGAGGAGUCCAGCAGGAUGGAGUCCGCAGAGAGGACAUGACUCUUUCCUCUGGCACCUACUGUGUUUGUAGCCACGUUAGCUCCAUCAUUAAAUCAGCCGAGCAGCCUUGUUCUUAAAGCCUGUCGGGGGCAUAAAGGCAGCGGGGGUCUGUCACUUCCACUGCGACACAGACGGUGAACUAAGCAGCUUUUCUGGUGGAUGUUAGCCGGUGGAGAUGUGUAAUAAGCUGCACUGGACACCGAGGACCUCCCUGACUGCCAGUCCAUCGACUGACAGCUGUCACCGCACCUAGCUGCCCGGCUAGCUGGCUACGUGAGCUAGCGGCUUACAAGUGUUUUUUUUCUGGCUCAUUCUGGCUAAUUUGGCCGGCCAGCUCCGAGCUCGUGUUCACUGUGGAAAAGAAGUGACUUCCGCAUAUACGCUACUGUAUUUUUACAUUUUCUCAGUUACACUCGACUCUGUUGUUCAAACCAUGAGUUAGCCCUGGAGCGUCGGACCGCAGUGUUUGGGAUAUUUUGAGAUCCAGCUAGUUAGCCUGUGUUUAGCUUGAAGCUAGCUAGCGGCGUUCAUUCAAUCAUUGAGAAACUGCUAAAGCGUUAACGCCGACACGGUAGGUAGCAGGGACCGGGCACAUCCACGCUGAGCCUUUGUUGCGAGGACACGGAUCUACUUUUGGACUUGACCGAGCUGAGGAUAACAUCUUAGAGACAUGAAGAAAUUUUUUGACUCUCGACGGGAGUUGGUGAGCACCGGGCCUGGUUCCGGAGCCGGCGGAGGAGGCGCUGGUUCCGGCGGCGGUGGCAGCUUCAUCGGACGCGUCUUCACCAUCGGACGGUAUCAAGUGACCGUGGAGGAAAUUGUCGCAGAAGGCGGUUUUGCCAUAGUUUUUUUGGUGCGGACUCAUCAAGGCGUUCGAUGUGCACUAAAAAGGAUGUACGUCAACAAUGAAGAUGAUCUGCAGGUCUGCAAACUUGAGAUCCAGAUUAUGAGGGAUCUUGUGGGCAACAAAAACAUUGUUGGUUUCCUGGACUCCAGCAUAACGGCAGUUGGAGCUGGUGAUGUGUGGGAAGUCCUAAUCUUAAUGGACUUCUGUCGAGGUGGGCAGGUGGUCAACCUAAUGAAUCAGCGGUUACAGACGGGCUUCACUGAACCUGAGGUGUUACAGAUCUUUUGUGACACAUGCGAGGCAGUCGCUCGUCUCCACCAGUGCAAAAGUCCCAUCAUCCAUCGAGAUCUCAAGGUGGAAAAUAUUCUUUUGCACGACCGGGGACACUACGUGCUCUGUGACUUUGGAAGCGCCACCAACCACUUCCAAAAUCCUCAGACAGAAGGAGUGCCAGUCGUGGAGGAGGAAAUCAAAAAGUACACCACCCUGUCGUACCGCGCUCCAGAGAUGGUCAACCUCUACGGUGGAAAAGUCAUCACAACAAAGGCAGACAUUUGGGCCAUGGGUUGUCUACUCUAUAAACUUUGCUACUUCACACUUCCUUUUGGGGAGAGUCAAGUAGCUAUCUGUGACGGCAGCUUCACUAUCCCAGACAUCUCCCGCUACUCCCAGGACAUGCACUGUCUCAUUCGAUACAUGCUGGAACCUGACCCGGAUAAGAGACCAGACAUCUACCAAAUUUCCUACUUUGCCUUUAAACUGGCUCGACGCGAGUGUCCAAUCCCAAAUGUACAUAAUUUGCCCAUUCCUGCAAAACUUCCUGAGCCUAUCAGAGCCAGUGAAGCAGUGGCCAAAAAGAGUCAAACCAAAGCCAGGCUUACAGACCCCGUUCCAACCACAGAAACCUCAAUUGCACCUCGACAAAGGCCCAAGGCUGGUCAGGCUCAGCCCCAGCCUAUAGGCAUUCUUCCCAUCCAGCCCGCUCUCACCCCACGCAAGAGGCCCAAUGUGGCUGCUGGAGGGCCCCAGGCCAUAGGUGUUGGCAUCAGUGUCCCACCUCCAGCUGCAACUGCUGUGCAACCUUCUCCACAGUCCUCUGCCACACAGGCUACACCACAGACAGCUCAGACGACUAACGUGCAGCCACAGGCUACACCACAGCAUCACCAGCUCCUCGUGAAGCAGCAACAAGCAUUCUUAAGCCUGCAGAGUAACCAGCAGAUGGCUGGCCGAGGGAAUCAGUUGCCAAAAGUUGGCUCUUUGACGCCCCCAUCGUCGCCAAAGAUAGCCCCUAAGAGUGGCCACAGGCGCAUCCUUAGUGAUGUCACCCACAGUGCCGUGUUUGGGGUUCCAGUUAGCAAGUCCACUCAGCUACUUCAGGCGGCUGCAGCUGAGGCCAGCCUCAACAAGUCCAAAUCAGCCAGCACUACUCCUUCUGGCUCCCCCUGCUCGUCCCAGCAGAGUGUGUAUCAUCCAGGUGAAGGUGACGUCCCAUUAUCCCUCGCUGCACCCACCGCUCAGCCCAGCUGGAACCCCUUUGGGGAUGAUAACUUCUCCAAGCUAACGGCGGAGGAGCUGCUUAACAAAGACUUUGCAAAGCUAGCUGAGACUGCUGCACCGGGGGAGAAGAUCACGGGUUCCAGUGAAAAUCUUAUUCCAGGGUUCACUGCUUUUCCAGCUGAAAGAUCUGCAGGCAUCAUGAGUGCAGGUGCAGCGUUGUUGACUGUCCCGGAUCCUUUUAAUAACCUUUCACUCUCUGACACCACAGAGAAGCUGAUUGAGGGACUAAAGUCCCCUGAAACUCUGCUGCUCCCUGACCUCUUAACCCCAGCUGACCCCUUCAAUAGCACUGCAGAGAGCUCCACCAAUGCAAAAGCAGAAGUGUGUGUGGAUUCACUGAUUCCUGGUUUGGAAGCCCCCCAGGCUCAACGCCAUUCAACCCAACCAGAGUUCAUCCCUGCCAGCAUUCCAGACUCUCUCACUGGGGAGGAAUCUCUGCUGGGUUGCGAUCUGUUAUCUCACUCUUCUCCUCAUGGACACCAGUCUGUUUCUGCUCUCGCCACCUCCUGCUCUUCUGCUCCUUCUGGCUCCAGCUCUGGAUCAUGUCUGGAGGAGCGGCCACCUGCUCAGUCAGCUCCUGACUCUGCUUUCCUCAUGUCGUGUGGGGAGAAGGGCAAUGACGACGAGUUUGACCCUAUUCCCGUGCUCAUCUCCAAAAACUCAAAUCAAGGUGGUCACUCGCGCAGCAACAGUGGCAGUUCAGAGUCCAGCAUCCCCAACUUGGCCCGCUCCCUUCUGCUGGUGGAUCAGCUCAUCGACCUCUAGAGGGGGUGGGAGAGGUCGAAGGGGCAGUGUGCAAUCCUAACAAAGGGACAGGGGGAGGGUCAGGGGAUAGAAAUGGGGGGAGCAGAGGCACUUAAUGUAGCACCUUAUGAAGGGAAACGGAGCCAGCAUAGAUCGGUUCAGUGGAACCGUUCGCUUUACGUGCCACCUUGGCCUCAACUCCAUCUCUAGCUGCCUGAUAAGCUGGUUUCAUAUAUCUCUGCCUGCUGUUGACAUUCCCACGCUGUUUAAACAAAAUCUUCUCAUAAUUGCUUGAGCAUAUCAUCUGCCUCUGUUCUGGCUACACCAUAGUCUCCCUCAUGCUUUCCUCAUACAUGCAUUAAUAUCCAAGCACAGCCUUGGUGAUCAACUGUCCUUGUCACACGGCUGCGUUGUGCUCACUUUACUUGUUCAGAGUCAUAGCUUUAUUUAAGCCAGCCACCUGCAGGCAUGCGCAUUUGUGUCAGGGGUCUAUCUAAAGAAUGAGCAGUAAAAAUUGACCACCUGGAUCAUUGGAUGCACUUUCCUAUGAAAGCUUUGAACUAAACUAUUGACCAAACAAAGUUGCACCCUGAGUGACCGCUGAGAGCUGUUUGCACUGAUUCAACCAGUUAUGGAGAAGGAAAUGUCAGCUUUGGGCCGUCUUGUCAGAUUUCUCACCCUUGUGAAAGGACAAUGAGGCUGCCUUUUUCAAACCUUUGUCUUUGGACAUGAUCUCAGUGCGCCAUCUUAUGAAGCUAAAUCUCUGCUACUUUCCCCUUAUAUAUAACAGUAACCAGGGUUUUAACAGCUAUGUAUCUAAGCUAACUUAGUGCAUGCAUUAAGCUUCCUAAGCAGAGCUGUAUAUUCUGAUCUCUUUCUGAUCACUAAACAGGGUAUAAUUUCUCCCAAAACUAAAUCAUAACGUGUUCAAAUCCUGAGAUUGAAGAAGUCAGUGUUAACAAGGCUGAUUAACCGAGAUCCAUCACCAUCGCAGGGUGCUUUCACGAUCAGCAUUAUCUAUAACAUAGUGAGAUCAUUCAUGGUAUGCGUGCGUUAUAUAAAUACAUCUUUAAUGUCCAGGGUCAUAAACUCCUCAUUAUAUGUUUAACCUGUCGUCAAGAAGGUUACAGCAGAUAAACAAAAGGGAAUGAAAUGAUUCUAUGCCAAAGCUACCGAAAAGAUUUUAUUAAUUUUUUAGAUUUGUGUUGCUCUGCUCUCAGGAACAGUGAAGCACAACACUGUUUAAAGAGAUUUCACUGAUUUAUUUCGUGUCUGUACUGCGCUAACAAACAAUCUCCCAUUGACAUCCUGUCCGUCUUAUGUAGCCAGUCCUUUCUUAUCACAUACCUUUAGGUCUCUCAGCUAAUGUGACAGUUUUCUGCCAGAGGUGAUAUUCAGAAAAAUCCUUUACGUGUACAUAAAACAUAUUUUUGCUCAUGUCAAGUAGAUUGUUUUGUAGUCGUGUUAUAUUUAAAGCUAUCUCUUAUGUCAUGGUAUGAAUAAAUGUGACUUUUAUUCAUAGUGCUUCAGAUUCAAGGUAUGAACCAGUGUGAGCAUUAUAAAAUAUGUAAAAAUUUACAAGGAUAUAUAGAUUUAAAAAAUGUUUGUGUAUUUAAGAGUGCAAAUAUUUGGACCUUGUGUCCAGAGUCUUUUCUCCUCAUUCACAAACAUUCAGCUUGUGCUUUUGCUUUAGAUCUUGUCAUGGAUACAUGACACAAAGUGCUUAUGACUUACCUGACUGGGGCUCUCCACUUCCUCACAUUGUGCUGGUGCUUGUAAGUUUCUGCAUAUAACUGAGAUAGAUUUGAUCCAAGACAGAGCUAAUGACGGAGUUGACUUCCUGAUACCUCUGUUGCACCUUUCACCUUGUCAUUUGACUGAUGAUCAUGAGACAUGGAAAAACAGCUGCAUACAUUAUAUUACAUUACAUGUGGUCACAGCUGACUUUGCAUUGCAUCCUUAGCAUAAAAUAAAUAGAUUUCUCUCGCCAAAGGAAGUUCAUUAUGUGAUGCAAGUCUCUAUAUAAGGUCCAUAUCACCUUAUACGUGUAUAUACAAACAGAAAAUGGUACAUUACCCCUGAUUUGCCAUCAUUGAUGUAUAUGUGGGACAUGAAUAGUUUUCACCACCUUCUCAUGCCUGUAUGACAUUGUAAAUUCACACACAUCAGCAUUUCUCUAAGAACUGACUUGGGUAAAAAGAAAUGCUUUUUUUCCCCCUCCAUCUUUAUUGGUUCAGUUAAGUCAUUUGCAUCUGUGUUGCUGAUCUAUGCAAUCCUACAACAAGCUUCAUGUUGACACUACAGUGCUGUAUCCUGUAGACUUCUUGCCUUGGCUGUAGAGUUUUACAUGUGUUGCUUUGUGAAACUUAUGUACUUAACUGUAAUAGUGGGGUUGACGUGGUGACAGGCAUAUUGAUAACUCUGACUUGAAUUGGUGACAGAUGUCCACAGAAGCAGGAUCAUAAUUGAGUGUAUACUUCUAUUUUUAUGGAUUAUGGUUCAAAAUGAGAGGCUCUGAAUAAAACUCAUUAACGUGAAUGGAAGUUAAGUGUCUUUGGGUCACAUUAUUUGAUUAUUACACUAAAGAGCAUAGGGACCAAAUGAGACAGUUGUGAUUUUCUUCAACAGACUGUCCUUCUUGGAACCAAAUUAGAUUGCAGAUACUCUAACAUUAUGGUAUCUAUUCAUGUGUUCUCUGGUCAUUAUUCAAACAUUGUUUUGUGUGUGCACCAUACAAGUAUAGACAAGUGUCUCAGAGAUUUAUAGGAAACCUAAAAUAGUUUUUAUACAUUUUUGAAGUUCUUUGCUUCAUGGACGUUGACAGAUGUAUUUUAAAGUCACACACCUGUUCACUACUGUUGGGAUUCCAGAGCAAAAGGGACUUUAAGUUGUGUUCCUGCUUGUUAGUUUGUACCACAGAUUUACAGAUUGUAGAUUCAGUGAGUUGUAAUGUAAUGGAUCUAUAGCUCUUCAUGAUCAACGCUGUUUCACUGUUUACUGUGCUUGGUAGUCAGCUCUGACAGAUGAAAUGAUUUGUGGAUAUUUUUUUACUUUUAUCAACUCUUGUGUCAAAGUGGAAAAAUGGAACAUUUUGGAAACAGGCUGUGGACAGUUUCAAAUACUUGUAUGAUGAGAGAAAUUACCUUAAACACUCAAACAAAAGAGGUGUUUUCCUUUAAUGGCUGCAACUAACAUCUUCCCAAGAGCUGCCAGUUAACAGUCAACGCUGCUGAGGUAAGACUGACUUGUCUCUGCUUAUCCAUGCAAACCUGUCUGUCCCACUAACUACUUCUACUCGUGCCAUGAAGGCUCUCUGUCCUUGUUUCCACAGAGCCACUGACUCCGUCUGAGCUCCUUUAACUUGACACAAUCGAUCCUGACUAAAAUCAAACUGCCCCCCCCUCUCCUAACACAACGCACUGUCCUUGCAAUGUUGAGGAUACUGAAUAGCUGUACUGAAACCUAUUUGUGGAAACAAGGUUACUUGAUGUUGUAGUAGUAGCGCUGGUAGUCCUGUCCGUGUCCUGUGACUUGUUUAGACUAGAAUGUGUUUGUAUUGUGGGAGUCUUCUGCUGGUUCCUCACUGUCAGGUCGUUGUCAUCGAUCAGGCUUUUGCAGAUUUUAUAUAUGAUGAGAUUUGAUGGCCUGGUUUGUUAACAGGAAUACUUUUUUUUUUUUUUUUUACUAAAAAUGUCUGUUGACAUUUGUGUUCACCUCUGAUAUGUUUUCUCCGCUUCUGCUGU